CCAAGCAGAUUAUCCCCAAUCAACAGACAACGAAGUCGCCCUGACCAGAAGCCUCCAGCCAGAGAACACCCCCAUACCGAAACUUCGUCGAUCCAAGAUGCCUUCGGCCGUCGCUGAGCUGUAAACGCCCACUGCGGGCCGUGGGCCCUGGGGCGCUCUCCUCUCUCCUGCGCGCGACCCCUUGGGAUCCCACGGCCUGCAGUCCAGCAGUUCACCGAGUUCAACAAUCACCGACGAACGUUUCGCACAGCCUCUCCCGCUCCCGGAGCCGUAACAAGCUCCACCCGAGAGUCUGUCUCUGCAACGAUACAAUCUGACCCAGCCCGUUCAACAACAGGGCGACUUCGCCAUCCACCACCACCUCAAUUCACAACUCAAUCAGCCGCUCUUGUUGGCCCGCCUCUCCUCUUCCUACGAGCCUCAUUCCCCAACAAACAGUACAACACUGCUAUAGCCAGUUUUCAGCACCAAAUUCUAGCACCGAUCCUAUCUGCCUUGAUUUUGCCCACCUCUGUUGGCAAAGACUUAUACCACUACGAGCGCUCUCGCGAGCCUGCAACCACCAAGACCCAUCCCUCAGCAGCAGUUGCUGCAGCACAUUAGACAAAAGUCUAGACAGAAAUGUCUCGCAACGUUCGACAAAAGUACCCCUCCACGCCCGUCCAGGCGUCCAAGCGCCGUGGCUCCGACUCUUCGUCUUCCCUCGAUCUCUCCGACGAUGAUGGCUACUCCGCCGUCGAGGACAUUAGCGACUCCGAGGAUGACGACGAGGACGACGUCAAUGCGGUCGAGGAGGAGAACAUCUUGAUCGAGGCCGUGCGACCCGGCCACACUCCUCGACCGCAACCCGCCCCCGUUGCCGCUGCCGACGACGAUGACGACGAGGAAGAGGAGGACGAGGAUGAUGAUGACAACGAAGAAGAAGAUGAUGACGAAGAAGAAGAAGAGGACGAGGACGAGGCUCGCUUUGGCGACGGCGACGAGAGCGCCAGCUGGGCUGGCAUCGUGUCCGAGGCCGACGCCAGCCAAGUCUCUGACUUUUAUCAUGAGCCCAACACCUUUGCCGCCGAUGCCGCCGUCGCACGCCACGUGCGCUUCGACGUGCCCUCGAGCGAAUCGGACUCGACCGACACGGACGAGGACGAUCACGGCGACUUGUUUCCCGACAUCUUUGUCUCCCAAAACUCUCUUGACCCCGCCUUCCGCCGUGAGAUUGAACAUGACCCCGACGAGUCAUCUGGGUCUGGCUCGUUCUGGGACUUCAACGGCCAGUAUGAAGAAGACCAGCGCGACUCGGAUGCCGAGGAGGUCGUGCGCGACGCGUCGGAUGACGAGACGCCCACCGCUACGCCAAGACCUGCCCACUCUGCGGUUUCCGCCCAGUUCACCCCGACGUUUGAAGAGAAUCUGGAACUGGACGGCUACGAAACCGACGGUGACACGACCGAGGAAGACAUACCGGACCCUCCCAUCCGUCGCAAGACUCGCCGCCCGUCCAAUCCCAUGAGCGAAGGGUCCGACUCGGACACAGAGUCGGCAGUCCAGACGGAGCGCGGGCAGCCGCGCGUUGGCCGGUUCAAGCUGGACCGGUCCGACAAGAAGCCCAUCGCCGUGCUGAAUCCUCUGACGCGCAAGAUGAUGAUCUUCACGCCGCACCGCCGGCGCCAGCUCGACCUGUCGCCCGAGCAGUUCAACUUUCCGUGGUGCAUCGAGGAGCAGUCAUCGCCGCUGCUCAGCAACUCAGCCAACAUGAUGCUGAGCGCCAUGUUCUCCACCAACACCUUUGCCGACCUGGUCAACCCGCAGACCAUGGGCCCGGCCGAGGCCUUCUUCCCCUUCCCGUCUGAGGUCAACACGGCCGACGAGAGCUCGACGGCGCCGCCUAGCGUGCAGGGCGACGGCGACGAGGCGGAGAAGAAGCUGGACAUAAGCGACUUCAUUACGUGGGACGGCGACUCGUCGGGUGACGAGGGUGACGGCGACUGGGAGCCCUCGUCGACGCCGCUGCGGCCGAGCACCGGCGAGCGCGACGUGCUGUCGCACCUCAACUCGGACACGGUGGGCGCGUUCCGCCGCAACCAGAUCAACCAGCAGUUGAUACUGAGCAACCAGGCGACGCAGGACUCGCUGGCCUUUAGCGGCCCGUACAACUACACGGCCCUCAAAGGCCUCAAGUCGGACCGGUUUGACACGGCCGGCAUCCCCCUGACGCCUGUGCGCCGGCAAAAGAAGCACCUCGGCGAGGUGGCGCGCAGCCCGCUCGAGCAAGUCUCGGCGAAGCGCAAGGCUUCGGGUGACGUCGGCGGCGGCCACAAGAAGCACAGGAGCAUCUCGGACGUGAACUUUUUGAGGAUAUGAAUGCCAACGGCGGCCGGUCGGCGCGUCGAGAGACGGGGUGGACAAUACGAGCGGGGACGGCGUGAUGCUCGCUGCAGCACACCCCUGGCCUUGCUAAAUGAGCGUGUCUACGUAAAGCUUGUACGAAAUUUAUUCACACUUGAUUCAAAAAUGGGUGCUCGUUACUCGCUGCGCGAGGUAGCCACCAGCCAGCCAGCCAGCCAGCGUGUGGUGAUGACUCGACGGGCGCGCGCCGCCAAGCCGUCGCACCAUGGAUGACUGACUUGUUUGUGCGCAACGCGGUGUCGACUCGCGGCGCCUGUAUGCCAUGCCGG